GUGUUUGAUUAGUUAUAAGAGUGUCUAGAGUCUAGACCUAGCUUCUAGUAGAAGAUAUGGAAAAAGAAACAGAUUUUUUUACCAUAGGUCUUUGUCUAUACAUUUAGCAAUGAAUAUUAUCAGGACAUUUUGUAUUAGGAAAUCUUAACACUUAAAAAAAUGAGUUUAAAUGGCUGUCAACAUUUGCAAAAUUACAAGGCAACAACAGGCACCGAAACUUUUAAAAUAAUUUACUCUUACUUCAUAACUUGCUCUACUGCUGAUGCUCGCAGAAAAAAGGCUCAGAUUUGCAAGUGUGUUAAAUGUGAUGUUGUCCGACCCAGACUACAUGCUUGUUUGUCUUGUAUUUACUUUGGUUGCUACGACUUGAAGCAUAUCCAUGAACACUCACUGGAAAAAAAGCAUCAGUUAGCUAUAGAUGUAUCCUAUGGUUCAGUUUACUGCUUCAUGUGUGAAGAUUAUGUGUAUGACCUAGAGCUGGAGGAGUUGUCAAAGACUCAGUGUCAAAAAACACCAAUGUCAUUAGGUCUUAAACAGCGUUUUUUUCCUUGGGAGCCAACUGAAGAAGAACUUAUUUUAUUACGGUGUAACCCAAAGAGAAGAAGAGUGACUGAAGCAUCUCAUAUAGGUUUACGUGGGCUCAUCAAUUUGGGAAACACUUGUUUUAUGAACUGCAUCCUUCAAUCACUGACUCACACACCUAUACUGAGAGACUAUUUUAUGGCUGACAAGCAUGCCUGUCUAAAAAAUGAUGAGUCUGAACAAUGUCUUGUUUGUGAAAUGGCCAGACUGUAUCAGGAGUUUUACUCUGGUUCUCGAACUCCAUUCAUCCCAUAUAAAUUGCUUCACUUGGUGUGGACCAAUGCCAGGCAUCUGGCAGGUUAUGAACAACAAGAUGCACAUGAAUUUCUCAUUGCUGCUUUAGAUGUCCUACAUCGCCAUUGUAAAGAAAUGAAUGGUGUGAGUGGCAGUAAUCCUCACCACUGUAACUGUAUUAUAGACAGAAUUUUUACUGGUGGCUUACAGUCGGAUGUCACAUGUAAAAGAUGCAAUAAUGUAUCAACUACUAUUGACCCCAUAUGGGACAUCUCAUUAGAUCUUGGUCCCGGACCCAUCCAUUCCUCUCAAGUCCUCUCCUCCAUAGCAGCUGCUGCAGUCAACAACACCUCUACCUCACAGACAACUGCUUCCACGGAGUUCACUCAUUCUCCAGCACCAGGCUUUACAAACAGUCCUGGAAAUUAUGAACCUACCUCUCUUGUUGAAUGUUUGAAACGGUUUACAAAAACUGAACAUUUAGGCAAUUCAGCUAAAAUCAUCUGCAGUAAGUGUCAUAGUUAUCAAGAAUCAACCAAGCAGCUGACUAUGAAGAAGCUUCCAAUUGUUGCCUGCUUUCAUCUGAAGCGUUUUGAGCAUUCCACAGGCUACCACAAAAAGAUCUCAACGUUUGUUUCUUUUCCUGAGGAGUUGGAUAUGACACCAUUUAUGUCAUCCUCCCGGAACAAUAUUAAUGGUCACUCUGGCCCAAAUUUACACUCAGCGUCUUGUGAUAAUAAAUAUUCUCUGUUUGCUGUUGUGAACCAUUAUGGCACCAUAGAAUCAGGUCACUAUACUUGUUACAUUCGUUCCCUCAAAGAGCAAUGGUACAGAUGUGAGGAUCAUCUUAUAAAAAGGGCUACAGCUGGUGAGGUACUCAAUAGUGAAGGGUACUUAUUAUUCUAUCACAAGCAAGUAUUGGAAUAUGAAUGACUAAUAAAGUCUUCUGAUUGUGGAGAUUUAUUAAUUAAAAGCUUAGCUACAACGUAGCAACACAAGCUGCAGUCUUCUUGUAAUAAGUGUUAACAAAAUGAUCACGCAGUUGUAACACAUAAAUGAAUGUGGCGAUGUUUUAACUCCCACACCUAGGAGAAUGCUGCAGUCUUCAGCCUAGCAUUUACUAAAUGUUCAAUUAUCUAAUACUUACAAAUGAAUGUUGCAUUCUGCUGUGAAGUAUUUACACUUUGAACAUAAAUAAAUGCUGCAAUGUUCUAACACUGCAGUAUUGCCUACAUGAAAACAGAAACAAAUGUAUACAAGUAUACAUUAAGCUAAGUUGUCUUACUUUGUUAUUAUUUAGUUAAAAGUGAAAACUUUCUUUUGUUGUUGUUGUUGUAAGUCUUGUAGACCUACUGAACACAAAUUGCUUGUAUAAACCGUCCUGAAGAUUUCUCUGUAUGAAUGCUUUUGUAUUUAAUUUAUUACAAUUCUGUAAUAUGGUGUUGCUUUUUUUUUUUUUUUUUUUUAAACUUCAAAUCAUUGAAACCAUUUUAUUUGGUUGUUUCAUACCUGUAUAAAUCAGUCCUUGCAAAAUAUUAACCAUGUUCUUUAGUAUGAGAUUACUGUUACAUGGGUUCAAGACACUAGGAUUUGUUAUAUUUAAGUUGUACUUACCUGUUAUAAUCAUUCAAUUAUCAGAUAUUGUGUAUAUUUGUUAUUCUGAAUGUAUUGCUCAUUUUGUCAGUUUGAAAUAGUCCCAGUGAAGUUUUGAUACAGAACCAAG